AUGUUUCAGAAUGGUUUGUCCAUCGUCGGCCGUAGUCGUGGCGCGUCGACAUUGUCAGCCAUUUCUAUUAGUUAGAACAGUGCGGCACAUAGCAAAUGGCGGUGGAAAUAAUAAUUUGGCUUCAGAUGCAGAUGACUGGGGAAACAAUAGUACUAGCGAACACACAAUAUUUCGACAGCGUAUUCCAUUACAUGCAGCAAUUCCAUUGAGUGGUAAACAUCUUACAACAAGAUGGAAUAUCUGGCGUACUUCAUCUUCCAACAGUCGUUGUGAUGAGUGCGGCAAGCCGCUCAAAAACAUACCAUCAUCGACGCCGAGUUCACGUUAUCUGAUUUGUGAAAACUGUCGACGAUUGUUUAGCUGUGGUCCUUUAGAUGAAGAUGACGAGAAAGGAAGUGUUUUGAAAGCAACUGAAGCAGACAAAAAGCCGCCAUAUCCAAAAGAGAUUUAUAGUUUUCUGGAUAAGUAUAUCAUUGGUCAAGAACAAGCUAAGAAAACACUGUCAGUUGGGGUUUAUCAACAUUACCUGCGUCUUUAUCACAAUAUCGAGAAUAACAUUGGUUCACCAGUUAUCAGCAGUGCGGAUGGAAAUCGGCCACGUACAGGAGCAUCUUCACCUGGUGUGUUGUAUCAGGAAGAUUACAGUAGAGCUGGCCGUGCUGACAUUCGUUUUUUCUCAGAUGCACCGGCACCCCAACAGAAACACCGAGUUGCUUCACCAGUAUUUCGUCCACUUCCCGAAAAUGAUGUUCCGAUCCGACUAGAAAAGUCUAAUAUUCUGCUACUUGGUCCGUCCGGUGUUGGUAAAACCUUUAUCACCCAAACACUGGCCCGUAUUUUGGAUGUACCCAUUGCGCUGUGUGAUUGUACCUCCAUGACUCAGGCCGGUUAUGUUGGUGAAGAUGUAGAAAGCGUCGUCCAAAAACUUGUGCAGAAUGCGGGUGGUAACGUGGAACGUGCACAGCAGGGAAUCGUUUUCCUGGACGAGAUAGACAAAAUAGCUGCAGCACAUAAUGUGCAGUCUCAUGCAUUCAGAGACGUCAGUGGUGAAGGCGUACAACAUGCACUGCUCAAAUUAGUAGAAGGAACAUUGGUGAACGUGAAGAGUAGCCGUAAAUCAAUGAGCACGCAGCAAGACUUCGUCCAAGUUGACACAACAGAUAUCUUGUUUGUCGCAUCAGGCGCAUUCACCGCUUUGGACCGUAUAGUUGGCAAACGACUUGAUAAGAAAACACUUGGCUUAGGUGCGAGGUCAGGAGUGCAGCGAAUAACCGAUGAUGAUAAGUUAGAAGCAGCAAUCUCGAAAAAGCGAGACGAUCUUUUGAGACAAGCGGAUCAGGGGGAUCUUAUAAGUUUUGGCAUUGUACCGGAACUUGUUGGACGUUUUCCGGUUAUUGUGCCUUUUCACAGUUUGGAUAAGGGUAUGCUAAUCAGAGUAUUAACUGAGCCAAGGAAUUCACUGCUCGCUCAGAAAAAACUUGAAUUUGCCAUGGAUGGUGCAGAUCUUUCGUUUUCCUCCGAUGCGCUUGAUGAAAUUGCCGCGCUUGCAUUAGAACGCAAAACCGGUGCACGUGCAUUACGUUCUAUUGUGGAAAAGGUGUUACUCGAGGCAAAGUUUACGGUACCAGGAAGUGAUAUCGAAAGCGUUCAUAUAAAUAGAGAGUGCGUGAAAGGUAAAGCUGAUUACGUAUAUACGCGACGUGCGCAACAAGCUACAGGUUAACAAUGACACACUUUUCUAAAGAAUUGUUAAUAUAUAAAUAUUGAUAUGGUAUGGUUUCACUCAUUUCAUUCUAAUCGAUUCUGAGCAAACAAAAAUAUCAGUGCAUAGGGACAAAAUUGAAGUUAUCUUUCUCGAGUCUUUCACAUUCCUAGGAUCUAAUUAGCAUUUAUUGGUGAUGUUCGUUGAAAAGCACUAUGUCAUGUAAUCAAUCUCUCUGUUAUGCAAGCCUUGAUUUUAUUGUCAUCUCCCUCUAUUUACAUUCAUGUUUUGUUUUUUUCAGUUUCAUUUUGUAUUCUUUAUGCUUCUGUAUUUUUCGUCACUAAUCUUUGUGCCAUUUCUCAUUUUUGUUUUAAUAAAAGUGAUGGACAGAACAUUUCACAUCAUUGUGUAGUGUGGAAAAUGUAUUCUCGUAAAC